AGCUUCUAUUAUAUUUUGUAUAGUGGAAAUAGCAUAAUCAUGAAUGUCACCACUUUUAUCUUGGAAUAGAUGUACAAGUAAAGGUUGGAGGAUUCACGAGUCGAGGAUGUUUUGUCAAUUUAUUUUAUGUCUAUCAAUGAUGGAAGCCGCCAGAUCACAAUAUCCAGAUCCACUAUGGGAUUACGUCUACCAUCCUGAGUCCGGGGAUAGCUUUGUUAAUGAAACGGAUUACAUCCAAGACUAUGGCGUCUCUUCGAUUCAUCCCUUCUUUCCUGGAGGUGAUUCUACCGGAUUACAUCCAUGUGAAGUUGAUACGACAGAUAUGACUUGUCCGAGCGAUGAGUUUGCAACUGCAGGGAGAUGCGAUUUUAAGCUGGAAUGUCAGUUUUGUGAAGACGAAUUAAACUGCACAGACAAUCCACUGUUUCCCACUGUUUUUCAAUGUGACUCUACAUGUAUUAUAUUUGGAGAUUUUUGUCCUCCGGAUGAUGGGUGUACUCGGUUUUGCGACGGAUAUGAGCAAUGUCCAAACGGCGAUGACGAACCGUAUGAAAUGUACGGGUUUAAAUGUCCCGUAAAUCAAGUAUUUCGGAAACCUGAGCUCCGUCCAAAACGGUGUACGAUCGCACAAGAAUAUAUCGAGCGAUGGAAAGACCCAGUCACGAGGGAAAAAUAUCAUAAACACGCUAUAUGUCCCGGUGCGGCUGAUGUCUGCUACGCGAAUAACAGCGGAUACCUUAACAUUUCAAAAUGCUUUCAAUGCUUGGAUGGGACAAUAAUCAGUGCAGUCCAAGUUUGUGACAGCCAAAUUGACUGUAAAGACCUAUCAGAUGAAUGCCUUUGUUCUUUUAACAAAACAAUACCGAAAGAACUUAAGAUGGAACGGUUUUGCAACAUGCAAAACAAAAUUCGAGAGCAGGACCCCGACUGUAGCGGGAAAAUAGCUUGCGGACAAGAAAGAAAUUAUACUUGCGUCGAACCUGAUAAACUUUGCAACGACGAAAAUCCGGAAUGUCAUUUUGAUAUAUGUCAUAACGCAAAGAAUUCAACUGAUUCGUUUUAUUGCUACAGUGCUUCUGGUUAUCACGUGACCGCAACAUUGUGUGAUGGACGCCCAGAAUGUCCGGACAGAGAAGACGAAUGUAAUCCGAAGUGUCCCGAUCAUUACAAAUUUUGCAACCUAAGCAUUCCUGCUCAGAAAUUGAUCGGGUGUGAUGUCAUAAACGAACCAGAAUGCGACAAACGAGAUCAACGAGCUUUUAUUUGCAACGGAGUGCAGGAUUGUAAGAACGGAAUGGACGAGGAUUCGUGCCCGAAACUUAGUCGUUGUAAUCCUGGAGAUCCCAGCAAAAACAAUAGCUACGAUUACGAGUAUGAACGGUGCGAUUUCAUCAUGGAUUGUCAAGAUACAGGCGAAGACGAAGCAAAGUGCCCUCACAGAUUUUAUUGUAAUGACAAUAUGCCCCCUGGACUUCCUGACUCCAGAGUUAAAGAUGGAAAAAUUGACUGCAAAGAUGGUGAGGACGAGUGUGAAUACAAAGAAAAUAGUUUUGCGAGUGGUCAGCACAUGAUAAAGUACAAAGUCAUUCUUGUGUUAAUGUGGAUCAUGGCCGCUGUAGCUUUAGCCGGAAAUUCUUUGGUCAUUUUUAACUGCGCUAAAGACCUUUGGGAAACUUAUCGACGGGGAGCAACUGUGACGGUUCGAGGCAGGGUGGGCGUUUGCAACAAGACUUUAGUACUAAACCUCGCGCUGGCCGAUUUUCUCAUGGGAGUUUAUCUUUUGAUCUUGGUCAUCAAAGCCCAACAGUACAGCGACGAAUAUUGCAAAUAUUGGCAAGAAUGGAGAACAAGUCCACUGUGUUCAGGGCUCGGCGCUCUUGCUGUGUUGUCGAGUCAGACAUCAGUUCUUAUCAUGGUCAUGAUGACAACUUACAGAUUCUACAGUGUCCGCAGUCCAUUUCGAGCAGAAAGACUAAAAGCUCGUUACCUCGUAGCAGUUGUGAUAGCCUGUUGGGUUCCUCCUGCUUUUGUGGCCGUUUGUCCGCUCGUGGGAUACGACAGAGCGUUUGCUUUUCUCAGCAGAAGCAAAUUGCGGUUUUUCGACAAUGCCGUUUUGGGGAAACCUGAAUUCCAGGAUUUUGUGCGACGAUCUUGGUUGAUGUCAAAUUUCAGUUCGUCAGACUUUGGGCCACAGGGCUGGCCUGAUUUAUUUCAAAAAUUUUGCAAGUUAUAUCCAAAAGUUUGCUCUUCCAAUGAAGAUAAUCAAAUAGUUGAGAAGUGGUUUGGAUACUAUAGUGCUGAUAGUGUAUGCUUGCCGCGAUUAUUUCCGCAUUACAACGACAGCGGAUGGGACUACACCGCUGGUGUUAUUGCGUUUGAUUUUGUCUCUUUUAUCUAUAUUUUACUCGUUUAUACGAUGUUAUACGUUUGCACAGUAAGAAGAUCAAACGAACCAGGGAACGGUUUAUCAUUUGGACGAGGUUCGUCGUUUGCAUCUGUAGACGAACUGAGAUCACGGGAAGAUCGAGUUAUCUGGCAACGUAUAAGUCGACUUUUAUUUACCGAUUUCGUGUGCUGGAUGCCGAUUUGUAUAACUUGCCUCAUAUCUUUGAGCGGGAGCAACAUACCACCUCUCAUGUAUCAAAUCUCGGCAGCGUUUUUCUUGCCCAUCAACAGCGCGUUGAAUCCACUUUUAUAUUCUAACGCCAUCUAUCGAGCAAUAGAUCGAUUCUUUCCAGUGUGGCUUCAAUGCGAUGGAGUGCCGUAUGUAAAUUGCGGAAGAGCCACAACGAAUGGAAACCACACUUCUAAUGGUGAGAGAGCAAAUGGCACUCCUGCUAGCGCUACAGACGAAUUACGUAUCAGUCGAGAUCAGUUAGCAUUAGAAACUCGCAGCAUCACUGUAUCAGAAACGGAUAGAGCCCGCGUUUCAAAUAACCCAGAAGUUAAACCGUUCAUGUCUAAUGGACGAUUGCGGUUAGAAUCUGGAAGCGAUAAUGCUUUUCAGCCAGAUUCACCCCCUGCUGCCUCAGGCCGUAUUGUGCGUUCUAUGGCAAGAAUGUCUCGUUUCUUUUCUGAGAGAAAAAAAGAUAAUCAACAUCCACCAGUAUACGAAACUGCUGCCACUCUUCCCAGACGGCAUCGCCCUAAAUCCCAGUCAACCACAAGUACCUCCACUACCUUCACCAGCAUUGGGCAAGAUAGUCACUAAAUAGAUUUUGUUGAUUAUUUUAUUUAUUUUACCUUUUCAUUUAUUAUUCGUGCAUCGAAUCUUGAUUAUGUCCUAUAUGCAGGCUUGUCCAUGGGACACAUUUUUCUGUCCCGUUCCAUCCCACACCAUGGGAUUGUUAAAUUUAGGUUAACUUUAAAAAUUCAGAACUAUGAUAUAACUAACAAGAGAGCUGUGCUUAAAUAUAAAAAAUAAUUCAUAGAUUUUGGAUGGAAUAUCAGAUCUCAUAAAUUACAUGCAUGCAAAUGCAUAAAUGCUGGUCCACUCCUUGUCCAGUAACUACGGCAAUUCAGAACCAUUAGGGCACUCUAAUUCUAUUUCUGAAUCACUCUGCUCAUUCAGCAAAUUAUUAAUCUUAUAUAAAAAUGGGUGUCUCAAAUAUUGCGUGUCCCAUGAGAAAUGCAAAUGUGUGCUGUCCCAUCCCAUCCCAUAGGACGUUUCCAUGAACAAGCCUGCCUAUUUGCGAACGGUUUUUUACACGCACCAUGAUCCAAAUUUGUGGGUCCAACAGCUUACAAGGUGAAAGCAUGAUCGCAACUUUCUCUUUUAUUUACUACCUAAUGAAUAACACCUCAGAUACACAAGAUAAAAUUAAACCACUUCAAACGCAUGCUCCUCAUCACAUUUUAAGCAUUCAACCUAAUAAGCGCGAAUGUGUGGCAUCUCCCAUUCUACAUAGACUGAAUACCGAAUCUUAAAAUUGUCAUUUUUCAUUUGUCGCGCUUACAGUGGAGUUAAUUCUGUCUGUUUAAUUUGAUCUGUAAUAUGAGAUUGAAAUGUAGAUUCAUUCUGCUUUUUCCUAAUUGCAACAAAAAUGACUUGAUAGCUUAGCACCUGGUCACUGUAGAAUAACUUGCUUGUUCACAAAUUAAUCUCCUAAUCUGAUAUUACGUUUAGCCUAGUACCUCACUGCCGUGUGAUUACUUUAUAAAUGGUGGAACCUCUUUUACCCACUUAGAGUAGAAACCAAUCAAAAAUGCUCUGCUCAUGCAAUGGAAGAUAGAAUAAAUUGGACUUAAGAAUCAGCAAUUGUAUCUCUAGUAAAAUGCGAUUUACCGUAAUCAAUUUUGUUUGAAGUAUUUUUUUAGGCAGUCUGCUGUGAUUCUGAUUAUUCGAUCUAUUGAAACCAAAUUUUUUGAUUUGCAUUACUUUCGAAUUUUGAUUGACCUAACAAUUUUUGGCCACUCGAUUUAUUUUGGGGUACAAAGAAUAUUACUUUACCCUCGAUUACACUUUUCGUAUUAUCCUGAUAGAAUAUAGUUUCGAGUCACUGCAUGAAGCAUCAAAAUCAUUUCAUACUUUCACUUUUUUUUAUUCAUUUCUCUGUCGUUUCUGUUUCAA